UCAAGCAGUGUGUUGUUUGGUUUCAGCUAAAGUGAGUUUGUACCUGAAUCUAACUACGAAACAUGACGUCACAAACCAGCACCACAGACUGGCAGUCGGGGAAAGAAUUCGCAGAGACGAACCUGUACAUGCUGGAACACGAGAUCGCCUGUGACGUCACGUUUAGAGUUGGGGCCGAGCAGACGACAGUUCGCGCCCAUAAGUUUAUGUUAAUCAGUCGCAGUCACGUGUUCUCCGCCAUGUUGUGUGGUCCAAUGGCUGAGACUGGCGAGAUCGAAAUUCCGGAUGUCGAUGCUGAAAUAUUCAGUCUCUUUCUCAGAUUUCUGUACACCAAUGAUAUCACGGUGAAACCCAACAGCGUCAUGCACGUGUUAUACCUGGCUAAAAAAUACAACACUGUAAACUUACAAGACCAAUGUCUCAGGUUCCUUGACACCUCCAUGACAACCGACAAUGUUUGCGUCAUCCUGGAACAAGCGAAGUUGUUUGACGAGAAGCCGCUGUAUGAGAAAGCGAUGGAAUUCAUCAACGAAAAUGGAACCUCGGUCCUGAAAUCACCGGGAUUCUUGGAUCUGUCUCGGGAGUCUGUCCUCGAUGUAGUGAAGUCAGAUGACCUUGACAUUGAGGAAGAAGACGUGUUUGUUGCCGUGAACACCUGGGCUGAACGUCAGUGUCAGAAACAAGGUACAGCUGCCACUCCAGGAGCAAAACGAGAAGCUCUUGGUCCCGUUAUAAAACAUGUCCGGUUUCCAUGUCUGUCCCAAGAGUUCAUUGUAAAAACCGUUCAUCCUAGUGGAGUAUUAACCUCAAAGGAGCAUAUUAGCGUUUUACACCAUUCCAUUUGUCCCGACAUUUUACCUGGUGGAUUUUGUGGAGAACCACGACAUUGUAAGACAGAGAAACUUGUCUAUCGAUUUAGAACAAAGACUCUCCUUGUGUGGAGUCACGGUAACAGACACGAUGCCAUAUCAUUGAAGUGUAACAAAACGAUUCGACUUCGUGGAUUCAUGUUAUAUGGUCCGCACAGUGGAAAAAGAGAAUCUUAUGAUAUAUCUGCAAGACUGAUGGAUGAGAACAAUACCAUCUUAACUGAACUGAAAACUACAACACAGGUACAGAUGGAUGAAAGGGAAAUGUUCCCAGUGUAUUUUCCAGACAUUGUCAAAGUCAAGCCAAACACUCUGCACACUAUCUGUGUCCAGUACGUGGGUCCAGAUACGUGGUGUGGUGACCAGCUAUGUGUCAAGGAAUCCAGACAAGCAACUCUCGAUGAUUAUUGUUUUGAUUUUGUUGAUUCCUCAUUUCGUACAUUUGCUAAUCAUCAGAAGUUAACUCUUCAGAUUCCAGCACUUAUCUUUUCUGGAUGAUGAUGUGUUUUCUAAUUGAUAAAACAGUGACAAUGUACAGUUGACCUUCAGGCGCGUGGCUUGUUUUUCUUUGUUUGUUGUUGUUGUUGGGUUUUUGUUUGUUUGUUUUUUUGGGAGGGAUGCUGGGAGGUUAGGAGGCGACCCCCGUAUCAAGCAAUACAAAAUUACUAUUUUUACAAACUGCACUCGCCAUAGACUAGACGCCCUUGCAUACUAAACCAAAUACCUUCCGGCUGGGUCAAAGUUCGAGGUGCACCAAACGUUUGAUAGAGAAGUUAACACCACAUGUCCUCUGAUUGGUGAUAAAUGUGAG